GGAGUGGCGAGGGUGGUGUAAAUAGGUGUGGCUAUAAAACCCCCUGUGGAAUUAGGACAAUUAGUUUUUACUUUCAUUCGCGCGACCCUCGGAGUGUGGGAUACAUACACGAUUACGAGUUUGUAGACGCACAUUAACCGGAACUAUGGAUCCUAUUAUGGACGUUAUUAAAAACUCUGAAGAACCAGAAUGGCUUGAGAGACUUGUGAUAGGCAAAUUGCGACUAUGGCAAAUAAUGUUCCUAUGUUUGGCUGGACUUACUACCUUAAUCGUGAUGGUAUGCUGCUGCUUUCGGUUCCGUAUACCGCGCACGAAACAGCAGAUAGAGGCGGACUACAAGCGCCGGCAGAUCACCAGCAAGUUUCGCCAGCAGCUCGAGACCAUACAGGACGCUAAAAUGGACACCAUUUCAUUGAAAGAUGCCUUGGAGCUGCUGCAUGUUAAAAUCAAUUCGAUGGAGGCGGAAAAUCAGGGAUCACAGCAGAGUUCGAUGUCUCCACAAGCCAGUUCGCUCGAGACAUCUAUACAGAACGAAGUCCAGAAGCCCGAACCACAGGUCUCCGGUGGCAGCUUCGUGAAAUUCGCGACCAAAGUGGCCCACAUAUCCAAACUUGGACCCAAGUCACCCACCUCCCCAGCCUCGGACACCAAGAUGAAUUUUUAGACUUGUUAUAUCUAUAGUCGGACGCGGAGCACUUAGAAAUUCGUAUGUCGACCAAUAACUACUUGUCUCUUUCACUUCACGAAUAUAUCGCUAUCUCGUAUUCUCCAGUACGUGAUAGGAGCGCCAGUAAGACGCCAUUUAAAGAGUCAUGUUGCCUUUUUCGUCGUGUCAGUGUACUACAUGACUCAUGUAGUACACUGACACGGCGAAAAAGCAAGAGUCAAAUGUCACUGUAUUUUAAUAUGCGCCAGUGUAAGAGUUAAAUGAGGAUGGUUUCACAUACCUGUUGUAUUAUGUAACACGUCAAAUGGCAAUGUGCAAUGUUGCAUCUCACUGUAUCGCUUUUGGCAGUUGGAAGCGUCGAAAUACAAACAGCCUAACUUAACACUUCGUUUCUUUCUCUUGCAUAUUUUAAUAUUGUUGUCCUAUAUAAUAAUGAAGCGAAAGAGAGGUCGCCUCAUACAAAUUUCUACGUAUUCCGCGAUCCAACUUUUGUAGUGAGUAGUGAUUAUAUUAUCCUGUAACAGCACAAUAAAUAAUAUAUUUACGUUAAAGAUCUAUUUUAUCACUUCUACAACUAAGAUCUAAGUGUAA